GAAGCCCGGUUCGUGCGGUCCGCAGCGCGGAGGUUCGCUGGAUGCCGACACUGGUCAUUGUUUUAACAUCAGCCGGAAACGGCCGCGGAUCCGGCGAAAUGCUCUUUAACGCGCGGCGAACGUUAACGCGGACGUGGUCUUGUGCGGUUUCCUGGGGUUCGUUGGGCGUGACAGAAGAACCGUCGAACCGAACCCGUUGCGGUGCAGUCUGGGUUCGGAGGCCCGGUACCCUGGAUAGACCGCUGAUAUGUGUUGGGCCGUGGUCCCGUCUUUGUGCUUCUGUGUAACUGCAUUAGACGGCAGCGCCGCACAAAACGUCGAGGUUCAGUCUGGUGAAAACGGAACCGUCGUUUUGCGAGUGAAUUUUAAUUUUUUGUUUGCAGAAAAUAAUUGGGAGCAGCCGGUGUUGAACUGCUUCCAUGUGACGGGUGUAAAUGACAAAAAUGAUCAGGACUAAUGAGAAUGAGAAUGAAUUAAAUGUGGGCGGAGGAUGAAGCAAAACCUCAGAAAGUCUCAUUUAAUUAUGGAUAUAUGUGACAAUAUACAUUUAUCACAGUUUCACAGGUCUUUUAUUUGCUGAUGCCCCUCUAGAAGUGUUUCCUUUGAUUUGACCUUCCCUGUUCACAAUCGUGUAUAAAGUCCACAGAUCCCAUUAAAUGUGAUAGUAGGAAGCUGAUUUAUCUGGAGCAGUGUUUUAGUUUUUCGCGUUUACUGUGACUUCAUAAUUAUAUGUAAAACAAAGUAUAAUGUAAACUAUGUUUUACGUGGUCGGUUCUUUUUUCAGCAUAGUCUCAAAUGUGUCUGAACAUAAUGAGGUUCCUGAUGAAACACUGAGCGUUGACACUAUUAGUUAAUUACCAGUUAGUUAGUCUUCAUCACAUUUGCUCAUCAUGUGAUUCUGGUCUGAAACUCUUUGAGGGACUUGCUGUUUCUCCUGCAGUCAGAGAUUUAGCACCACCCACUUUUUUUCCUUCAGCAUGUUGUUUGGAAACUAUUUCUGCUUUUUACUACAUCAUUUUGAUUUAUCUAUAAAAAAUCUUUGUAUUAUAAUAAUGUAUAAUGUUUUUGGCUGUGUCCAUACGUUUAAGAUGUAGCAUAUGUUACUGCAGUUGUGCAGGUAUGUAUCCUUAGUUCAUUGAGUCCCAUUGAGAAAGUGGUAUGAAGUAGGGAUGCAGUGUCCAUCUUAUUGUCGUGGUAACAGCGACCGUGGCCGGUACUUCAGGAGCAGAACCAGACUCUUAUAGUGAAGCCUGAGUCACUCGUGUGGAUUUAUGCCAAAUAUGAAAGCAAAAUGCAGCAGGCUCGGUCCCUGUAUCUGUAUCCAUCCUGCUUGGAUGUGUAGUUAGCCACAAUCUCAUAUAAAACUUAUAUUCUAGCAGAUUUAAAGGUGCCAGUUGUCAGACUUGAGGGAACGGCACAGAUAUGUACAGCAAAAUACCUCUAUCAGCGUGAUGUGAUAUUACCACAGAAGCAGAAGAAAGUCCUGAGCCCAUCUCAUUUUCCAUAUCACUAAAGUAACAAUAUAAUAGAUUCAGAUUUGAAGUGUUUAUAGAACAGGGUUGAACCUCUGUCCUGUUUUACAGGUUUUUACUCACACUCGUCCUUUUUGGCCUUUGGACAUGAAAUCUUGCAGAGCAGGUCUCUACUAGCAGAAGCUGCCUGUGGCACAUAGAGACCACAGAACAGUUAGCACAGAUGAGUUUCAGUCGCCAUAACCCAAAUGCAGCCACCUCAGGCUGUGACAGCAGACGAUGUGGUUGGAGGAGACAUAACCAUGUCUGUGCUCAUUGUAGUGAUGCCCGGUUGUGGGGUCCACUGUGCUUCAGCGUUGUAGCCUGGAUCCAAACCCAGCGAUCCCUUAUGCUCACAGCUGAGGGGAAAUGGUGUCUGCAGACAGAUGAGCCCUUCGGCUGUGGUGCCUUUUGUUUAUCGUGUCAGUUGGAACAUCUAACAACUCAGAAUCUUUUCCUUGAGGCAGCUGUGCAGUGUCUGGUUGGUCAGGUCAACUCUGUGAAGGGCGGGAGCAGUAAUAGUGUGUCUUGGGCGGUGUUUGGACCGAGACAGACUGUGAGUGGGUGACACAGACCCUGGUCUAUAAAGGCAAGAAGCAGGAUUCUGGAUCUGGAUCAGACCAAUAAGUGCACCUCUAAGAUACUUAGUGUGUAAAGCAUGGAGUCAAAGACAUGAGCAGAAUGUCUGAACUGUGGGUUUUGGGGCCCUUUAACAGUUUAACCUUUCAGCUGCUCAGUGUUAGUGACAAAGUCCACACAGCAUGGAUCCUGUUUUACUCCCAAGAUGAUGGUUUCUUGUUGGGUUCAUGUUAGAAAGAAUUUUCAUUUGCUCUUAGUUUGUUUCCAGGGCAUAAUAUCUAUGCUGAAUACACUUAAUGAGGACUUGUUGGACGCGUUUAUGCUCUGCUCUGGUUUUUGUGAAUUACAGACUCCGUCUCAGCCAGAAUUGAGGCUGUAAAAUAUUUAGUCUUCGCUGAAGAGCUCGGUGAAAGGCUCGAUGAAUCUUUUAGUGUUUCAGGCUGUUCUUUCUAAUUUUACUUUUGCUUUUGUCAGUCACACUAGUCUUUUAGCAUAUGACGUAAAAAAUCUUUGUGACUUUCUGGAACUAAUGGAUUAGUUUCCUGAAAAAUAAAUUCGAUUCCUACCAAAUCAGUCUUUCCUGUGUGUUAGAGGUUGUUUGUCUUUGCACCAUUUUUUCUCCAGACAAGUUUGAAAAGUGCUCUUCACUCGUUCAGUGUGGCUUUUUUCCUUUUUCACUUUUAGGCACAAAGGCACAAUGACUUAGUGUAUAUGUUUGUCAAAUAAUCCCAGUCUCAGUUGUGGUGGAAAUUUUCCAUAAAGAAGCAGAUGAUUGACCAAAAAUAAUGGUUAAUUUGCCAAAAGUGCCAUGAUAAUAAAAGUGCCUCUGGAUCAUCACAUGUGGUAGUUGUAUGUUUUGUCGUGUCUGUAUAUUAGUCAAUAAUUAGCACAGCAACACAACAUGCUGUGACUCCAGGUCAGUCUGUUGUAGUUCACCAGAUUCAUCAGGACAGUCCAGUAGAUGACGGGUCAGAACCUGUCACAAUGCUCCGCCCCGUCUUCUGCAUCCUCAGACUGCGACGAGGACCUCCCCUCAUACCUGCUCAGGCCUCGCUCGCCCUGCUGUCUGAUGCAGGUGCUGUUGCCACUGUAAUGUACCAGCGGCACAAAAGGCACUUCUGAAUUCUCAUUAGCAACUGGAAAUAUUCAUCAGUUAUUCCACGGAGUUGGCUCUGUGUGACAGAGCUCAGCAGGAAGGAAGACUGACGGAGCUCAUCACAAACACACGGGGCCAAUUAUAUUUAGAUCAAAGGACGUGUGUUAGUUUGUUUUCCCCUUUUGUGAAGUUAUUAAUUUCAGAUCAAAUCUUGUUGAAAUUAUUUAUGGGUGUAUUAGCAAGAUCAUUAACCAAAGGAGUCCCAGGGAAGACUGUAAAAGUUUGGCUUCAUGUUUCCGUGGACACACAGACGAGUCUGUAACAUGCAGCAGUCUGUCUGUUUCUCUACACUUUAUUUUCAUUUGUCCUGAAACAAAAGGAGGAACCUUAUUGAGGAACUUAAAGCACCAUCCCCCUACGCCCUCUGCUGCAGUCCCUUAAAAUCCUACGAGUCUAAGCUCGUGUUUUAAAGUCCUCACAUUGUGAUGAUACCUGAGAUCCAAAGAUCAAACCCAAACACUGCAUCAGCUUUAGACUGGACACGAUGUCGGAUCAGAACCUGGACUCGCUCGUUUGGCAUCACCAGGCUUUUGCUUCAACGUGGCUGUUUCUUUUUGGUUGUUUUUUUUGUCAUUUGAUGCAAAUAUGAGUCGCUAAGGAUCGCAUUGUAAAGACAUGGGCGCUAGCGUGGACCCGGUCAACUACAGCUGCUCCUGUGGUUGGAGGUCUAGAUACAAGGCUCAUGGUGCGUUGGCAGGAGAUCUCUCAACAAAUGGUUUUCAUUAGCGUUUUCAUGAAGAGCUCAGAUGUUUUUAUAGAAAGAUUUAUUAAGGUCUGUGCAGCUUUGGAAUGAUGUAAGUUCUGCAACUCUUUUUAUUCUUCUAUCAGUCAAACAUUGUUUGUAUAGAACCUGCAAUUAAACCUAAACCAAAGACACAAAGUUAAAAAUAGUGAAACACAUGAACUCUCUUUCUACCUAAAGCUGUGAUAAGCUCAUCACCAGGACAGACCCCCGUCACACGGUCAUUAACAUCAGGUCUUUAAGGAUGUGGAUACUCCUGAACAGAAACAACUGGCCGACCUGAAGGGUCUGUGUCUUUGAGCCGUCUUCUCCUUGACCUUGUCAGCAUCUAUAAAUACUGAAAAGCAGCUGACACAGAGCUGCUUCUAUUAUUGUCCAUUAAACUGUCUACCCCUAAAAAGAGGCUUCUACCUUUUGAGUCUGAUUUACAGCUUAAUUCAGAAUUUCCCUUCAUCUGCCAUCUGACAUUAAUGGUGGACCAUCUGCUAAUGAAGUGUUCCUCCUUAAUGGUGAUGUGUGAAUAUGGAGAAUUGUCUAUAUCAGGAAAAAGUGAAUGAUAUUCACGACUCCCAGAGCACAGCUAGGUGAUCAAUUCUAAAUUUAAAUUCAGCUCAUUCAUGGAUUUUAGAUUUGGAAACUUUAACACAAAUUGUAAUAAUUUAAAAUCAUGGAGGUUGUAGUGAAAACCAGCCAGAGAGAAGAAGCGCAUAAAGAAUAACCAGCCAUGUCCAAAACCUUCAGUAUCUCGCAACACUGUGGAUUCUUUAGUUAGUAGGAAUCCACAGCAAACAAAAAUAGACUCCCACAAGUUUUAGUGACUGAAAAUCUGAAAUGGACGCCUUCCAAUGAAAGCAGACACCAGAAACCUUUCCCAAAACCCCUCCAGUUCAGAUCAGGAGCAAAAAGGAGUCAAGUGAUCCUUGACAAUCAGCCUGAAAAGCAUCAAUGCCAGCAACAAUAUAUCAGCAGUUCAUUUAUUUUCAUGAUUGACAAGCAUAAGAUAAUUGUUUUUUAUGUAUACAUAAAUUGGCAAAGUUAAAAAAAAAUACAUUUGGUAAGGUCUAUUGUGUUUUUUUCAAAGCUACGGAAGAUGUUCCUGAAAACCUGGAGCCAGAAACUCGCUGAACCAGUAAAUGACUUGUCAGAAUGCAGCAGCUGUGAAUUUAAAUAGUCAAAUGACUUCACUCGUGUCUGCUACAUCAUGUUGUCUCUGCGUUUUAGCUUGAAUGGUUUCCUGUGUAAUCAGGCUCCAGGAGCUGCUUGUGAUGAUGGUUUCCAUAUUGUUUGCUUGCAAAGACAAAGCUCUUCUUUCCCAUCGGUUUUACUUUCCGUGACCAGCGCCACUCAGCGUUUGACUGGUGGAGCUCGCUCCUCUGGAAACGUGGAGGCUGAAGGCAGCAACAAUGAGGCUUUUUAGUUGAGAGCGACUCUGGUUGCCUUGUGCUGCUGCAGGGCGUCAUGUGACCAGCUCUCAUUCAGGUCAUGUUGGUCUGUUGAAUCUUUGACCCUCUUUGAAGGACGCUCCCAUUCAUCUGCACAGAUAUCAGAGCAGAGGUGGGACGGUCCUCUGACACCAGCAUCCAGCUGCUGGUUCUGUGUGAAAUGGGUUUCAGUCUUCACCUAUGACUAAGACUCACGGCUGGAAACAGCUCAACACUAUGAGGACUCCCAGUCUCAGAUGCUGAGAGGAAGCCUGGGUUUGUUUUCCUUCAUGGUUCUAUCAGCUCAAAUUGUAUUUUAAUGUGUUAUUAAGCUGUGUCUUCAGGCUGGGAAAGGUUCUUUAAAUGGGUGGAGCAUCACUUAAAUGUAACAUCUUCUCUGUAACUACUUGGUUACUUCGUCGAGAGUCUGGGGCCAGGAUUCUUUACGCUGCUUGGUCAAAUCUGAUGUGAACCAUGUGAUUUGGACUCUGCCUCGUCUGGUGACUCAGGUUACAAGUAAACGACGUUUUGUCCUCGUAUUAUUUUGUGUUUGUUGUUGCUGCCUUAGCUCCUGGUCAUUUUGUCAUCAGACUUGGUUUAGUGUGGCUGGUAUGUCUGGGAUGAUGAUGAUGUGACUUCAUUAACCUCUUAGGACCCAAACUGAUCUGUUUCACACUCAAUGAAGUUUAACCUCGACUUGUUUAUACUUUAUUGGUUUUACAGCAGAGUUUAGUUUCAACAUUUUAAGUUGAACAAACUUAAAUGUUUAAUCAGCUUUAUUUUUCUAAUCUAAAUUAACAUACAAGUAUCAGCUCAAACUCAUGCUCAGGAAGAACCGGGCUCAUCGGGGCGGAUGGAGAAGAGUAAAAGUGUUCUGAUAACCUGUGAACAUAAUUCUAUAAGAGUUUAUUACGCACUGAUCCAAUGAAUGGCUUUAUUCUUGGUCACAGAGCUGCCUCUCAGCUGUCACUGGGCAAGUGGCCAGAUGUACAUGUACACAGGUCAGUUGUGCACCUACGGCUAGUUAAGAAUCAUCCGUAGACAUGGGGAGAAUCCGCAGACUGGAACCUGGUCCAGCCCAGAAAGGGAACCUGCAGCACUUCAUCAGUUCAUCCAAGAAAAUAACCAGCAUCUUAAGUGACACAGAUACUUUGGACCUGUUGUUGUUGACAUGUUCAGCGACUUGCCUCGUCUUUUUGUUUUCGGUGCUGUCACAUUGGACUCAGUCUAACACUUACUCCCAGUGUGACUAAGACAAUCCUCUUAGCACAGAGCCUGUUUUCUUUCUAGGCCACUGAACGCUCGCUUCAGCCGGUUGCCAGAGAUCCUGGCUCAGUCCCAGUCUCUCGUCUACGGCGUGGUGGGGUCUUUUUGAAGCUAUCGCCCCCCUUCCCUCCUAAUCUUUAUGGCCUGAACCAGCAGCUGCAGGGUUAAUGUUUUAGCAGCAGCAGCAGCAGCAGCAGCAGCAGCAGCAGCAGACAGGCAGGAGGAGUAGGAGGGGAGAGGCGGGGAGGUGGGGGCUGGUCCACAGCUGUUGUAGUAGGAGGGUCUACCUCACUCACCCUGGAACAAUGGGAGACAUGGCAGCCUCUACAAACAGCACAGAGACACACACACAAUGCACAUGAGCGAGGACGGGCCUUCAGCCGCAGGAGAGGAAACCGGUGACGGCACUUCUACCAGGGGAGGAAAUAAUCUCCCUGAACCAGAGAGCAGCCGGGAUCCGUGAGGCUGAGGCCUCUUUUGCGGCGCCGUGCCUUUUUCUUCUGCAGUGAGGAGGCUUCAGACGAGCUCACCGGAUGACUGAGACGGGCUGGAGCGAGCUCUUUGGUUUUGCUGCUGGGAGACGGAGGCCCGACGGUAGACGGACUGCUCAUCGAGGAUCAUAGCAACGACUGCUCAUAUGAUAACAAUGUCCGAUGAAACGGAACAGAGAAUGUGCGACGAGGACUUCGGUUCCGACGAGGAGGGCGUGGAAGGAGACGUGGAGUCGUACCUGGAGGACAACAGCAGCGAGCUGAUGGAUCGUCUGAGAGAGCUGGAGGCCAAGAAUUCUGCUCUGAUGUUGGCGAAUGAGAGUCAGAGGGAGGCCUACGAGAGAUGCUUGGAUGAGGUGGCCAACCACGUGGUCCAAGCUCUGCUGAACCAGAAGGAUCUGAGGGAAGAGUGCAUCAAGCUGAAGAUGCUGGUGUUUGACCUGGAGAGACAGAACCGAGCGCUUUGUGAGCUUUUCCAGAAGAAGCUGCCGACAGCUCACUACCAGGUCCAGACAGGACCUCUCCCAGACUACAAUGCACAGCUGCACAAUGACUCUCCCAAACAGGUGGAGCCUGCACAGACCGAAGCACAAGCCAAGGGAAACGGCUACAGCACACCACACGCCUCCCCAGGCCCUCACUGCCCAGGGACGUCCAUGGAGGCACUGUCCCCCUUCUUCAAGAAGAAAGCACACAUCCUGGAGGUGUUACGCAAGAUCGAGGAGACGGACCCUCUGAAGUUCCACCCGUCCACGGCCAGCCUGUCCUUCUGUGACUACAGCCAGGUGCUGAUGUCCACGGAGGCCGUGUUGGCCUCCACAGACGCCCUCCCACUGCAGUGCAAGUCCCAUCAGGCGCACUGCCUCUGCUCCUGCUCUGACACACAUGCCGUCCAGCACGUCAAUGGUGACGGUGCGGGGAAGUGCGACGGCGGGACCCCCUGCUGUUUGCACUGCAAGAGGAGCCCAAAUGGGCCACAGCCGUGCAGUCACACCUGCAGUCCUUCAAAAAGAAGUCCUGCAGCUGCUGUGGGCGAGUGUCAUAGUAACAGUAGGUCGGCGGAGUCUGCAUCAUUGUCUAAACCAUGCACAAACAAGGAGGCAGCGGGCGUCAGCGCCCAUCCAUCAGGUGCCGAUCUUACCAAUCAAAGCCUGGAGGUGAUGGGGACGGAGCAGCAGGAGGAUUGUGCAACUGCUAGUGUCUCUGAGGACCAGACGGGUUUCUGUCCUGCUGUCCAGCAGCCUGCGAAGACCCACAGCUCCCACAGCUCCCACUGUGACAUGCAGGCUAGCGAUGGCUUCCUCAAUGGCUCGUCGCUGACGUCUGUCCAAGACGUCUCGUUCACAGAUCCCAUCCAAAACCAAGACACCCCAGACCCCGAGGCCUCCGUGAGAGCCAGCGCCUCUGUCAGUCCCAGCCCCUCCUGCCUCAGCGACGUCAAAGCCGCUGCCAUCAACUCGCCGUCCAAACUGCUCAAGUUCCUCAAAAUCCCCUCCAUCGGGGAGAAGGCUCAGGCGCCGCCGCCGGCUGUUCGCCUGAGUCCCCAGCUCACCCGCCACUCCAGGAUCCCGUGUCGCACCAACAACUAUGAGGUGUAUCACUCCCCGGUUCCCACACGCAGAGCCACCACCACGGAGAGGUGCAGACAGCCGCCUCCUCCACCCUCCAGGUCUGAGUCCUACCCAGCCACGCACUCAGCCCCCACCUCCCCACCACAGCCCGAAGACGUGUGCGCCCCGCUCACCAAGGAAAGCUACAGCAGCCUCUCCACGCCCAAAGCCUGCUCUGGAUCCAAAACAGGCGCCUCCUCAUUCACCUCCUCCCCCAAAGCCUCCCAGAAGGUCCCUCUCUAUGAAAAUGUUUGUGACGUGUCCACUAACUCCAGAGAGGAGACUCAGGACCAAGGCCUUGAGAAAAGAACCACGUUCCCAACGCCAAUUAAGGUGAAUGGUGGCGAGAGAAAGCUGGUUAAAUCGCUGCCAGAAAGCGUCCUGAACCCGGCCCCUCCUCAGAACCAGUCCUCCUCCUCCACAUCAGAGUCCACAUCUGAUGAUGAGGAGGAUUCAGAGAGCCCAGUAUGGGUUAAUCAUCACAGCCUGCCCAGCUCGUCCGCUCCCAGCAAAGCUCAGGGCAGAGCCAACGUCUCACGGGCCCAGGAGAAACGGGACACAGAUGGACAGGAGGUCACAGCGCAGAGCUCUGAGCUGGUCCAGCAGCAGCCACCACCGCCUCCAGCCAGGAGAACCGACUCGUCGUCCAUACCCAAGAGACCCGCGCCCGGAUCAGUGAGGUCUCAGGCUGACUCCAGUCACCAUGCCUUCAAAGACAGACUGGCUGCUCUGGGCAAACUGAGGAGCUCUGAGGAUCUACAUGUUGGAGUCAAGGCAGUGGACAUGGUCGCUGAGGGCGUGUAUGAAGAGAAAGGGAAGAGCAGCGAGAGACCCUCGGAGCUCCACAAGGAGGAGCAGAGACAUUCAAAACACACAGACUCUCUGGACGGUAAAACUAAAACCAGCAGUGCUUUGAAGUACCCAGGCUCGUCUCAGCCUCCAGGUCCGCCUGUGGCUAAACAGGAAGGCUUCAAGAGCAAAAUAGGUCUGCCCUCCCCCAACGCAGAUGCUCCGCAGGUGCUACGCAAUAACAUUAAGUGUCCUGGAUCCCUGAAUCUUCCCUACAGCGUUAAAUCUGGUGUUGGUCCACACAGCAGCAGCAGCCCCAACAAGAUCCCCCCAAAGUCCCCGUCCAAGCCUACCCAGGGCUCAUCUGUGCAGAGGGGGGGGAAGUCCACAGACGUGCCACGCUACUCGUCCAAAUCCGAAGAGAGGACCAAGAUCUCUGGGAAGGGGAAGAAGAAUCCCCUGUAUGGAGACAGCCUCCCACCGCCUCCCCCCAGACCUCCAAUGUGUGAGGGGGAAAAGCCGGCGCCCGGCCCACAGUCUGCCAUCGAACAGAAGGUCAUGAAAGGCAUCGAGGAGAACGUGCUGAAGCUUCAGGUGCAGGACAAAGGUGGGCAGAGCAACGAGGUCAAGCAGAAGUCCUCCAAUGGCAUCGCCAGCUGGUUCGGCCUGAAGAAGAGCAAGCUGCCAGCACUCAGCCGCAAGGCGGACGCGGCCAAAGCCAAGGACGAGAAGAAGGAGUGGAAGAUCAACAUCCCCUCUGUGGGCCGGGACUCGGUCAAAAUGGCCGCCAGGUGCAAGGAAGGCGUGGAGGGCCUGAACAUCUCCACUCUGAUGGAGAAGGCGGAGGGCCUGAGGAGGGCGCUGGAGGAGGAGCGGGUGUACGUGGAGAAGUCGGGCAGGGGCCACUCCUGCGAGGUGGUGCUGGACCAGGCUCAGGGGCAGCUGGCGGUGAUGUACCGGGGCGUGCGAUCGGACAGCUUCAUGCAGCAGCUCCUCAACAGGGUGGACGGGAAGGACGUGAUCUCGGUGCCACAGCGUCGCCUCUCGUUCGACUGCGAGUCUUCGAAGCCAGUGUUUCCUGUGCAGAGCGGCGGCGUCGGCUACGCCAGCGACAUGGACAAGGGAUUAGACAGAAUCGCUAAGAUUACGUCGGAUGAAAACCUCACCGACUCGGUUCACGCUCAGCACUUUGCAGGCUCCGGUGCCUCCACAUACACCUUGGACAGCGGCAUCGGCACGUUCCCGCUGCCUGACUACACAGGCGGCGCCGUGGGCCGGGGUCUGUCCAGGACGAGGGCCGCGACGGAGCACCGCUCCUCCGGCUCCCCGGAGAGGGCUGGACGGCGGUCCCGCACCCUGGACAGGGAGCCGACGUCACAGGAGGACUCGCACGCUCCUCACAAGCACCUGGUGCCCACCAUCCAGUACGGCUCCAUGCUGGAGGGACGGAAUUCAGCCAGCAUCAUCCAUGAAGACAAAGAGAUUUCUGGGGUCAACAUGUUUUCUCCACGUUCCAAGACUUGGACUUUCCCCAACCUGAAGACUCCAGCAGGGCCAGCAGAGGUUUACCUGGCGGUGGAGGAGGAGGAGAAGGCCAGCGUGUCCUUUGGGUCGCCGUUCAGAGGGAACAUGAAGGCUGGCAGUCCGUCCUCUAGCCGGGGGGUCGGCCCAGGCAGCCUGCCUGUCCCCGCCCAGCUGAGCCGCAGGGGGAAGGCCCGCACGCCGAGCGUGGCUGAGGUGGGCCGCGAGGCGGGCCUGGAGCUGCUCAGGGAGCGGCCGGAGGAGGCCCUUUCUCCGAGCCGCCCUCAGGUGCUGGAGACCCCGGAGUCUCUGAGCGACUCUCUGUACGACAGCCUGUCGUCCUGCGGCAGUCAGGGAUGAUCGGCCGACCCGGGGCUCGUGUUGGGGAUGUACAUCAACUGUUCCCUGUUGACACCCACAGAACAUUCUGGUGAUGUUGCAACUGGAAUGAUGAAUGGAUAGACUUCUCAGGAUUUCCAAUAAACAUGAAGCCAAAAGCCACUCCAGUAACUGGUUGGUUACUUUUUCACAAUCAGACUUGACUGUGGACAUUUCCCUCUCGUGUGUACAGGACUCCGAAUCGCAUGGCCAAGCUACUCACUAGCACAACGCGUCACUCCCGGUAGUUGUUCAGCAACGUUGUUUGUUUUCCCUUAACUCAGCUGACAGGAAGCCGUGAGCAGUUCAACAGCUGACAUACCGAACCAAUACAUGGGCUCUGUUCUCUGCAUCACAACGUACAAAAAAAGAAUGAAAAAAAAAGAAUGUUCAUGUGAUUUAUUAUCGCUCAUCUCAUCUCAUGCAUCAGUUCUAAAUGUAAAAUCGACUUUAUUGAUCAUGUUGAUAUUGUUUUUUAAAAGUCAGAAUUUGUCUGUUCUGUUUUAAAUCAUUAAAACAUUUAAAGGUAAUAUAUACCAGCAAUAAUGGAAAAGAUAAAUGGCUUCACUGCUCAGUGAACGUUUCUAUUAUUUAUUUAUUUGGAGUGUUCAUCAUUUGCAGUCUUUUACAUUCAUACGUUGCAUUUCAACAUGUUAUGUUGUUCUAAUAGAGGUUCUCUGCCUACUGCUGUUUUUCCAACUUUCUAAUUAAAAUGUUUUCAGUUA